UAAUAAUUUGUUUUUUUUCUGCCGCUAUUGUUUAUUUACCAACCCAUGAAAAUAUAUACAUUUAUGUGUAAUAUAUAACCAAGACGAUGAAAACCUCCGGCACAGGCAAUCCGGACGAGCUGAACAAGUCAUCGCACAGUAAGGUCAGCAAAAAGUCCACCAAGUCUCGUUCCAAGUCAGCGAAACUGGAGUUGGCUGGAAAGAGCUCUCUGUCGGCAUCUGGUACUUCCGCAUCUUCUGGGGGCGUGGUGGGUAGCUUGCCUGCCACUCCCACACAUCUAAACAUGGUUACAACGCCCACGACGCCGACUUCCAGUCUAGGAAACUACAAUCUGUUUGACGCCUCAUUUGCCGUAGCGGGAGGCGGUGGUCAUGGAAUAUCAGGCGGAGUCGCGGGAGAAGCCUCUGGUAAUUCCAGUCGAAUGGGUCAUCAAAAGAGCUAUGCCGGAUUUGAUCCACGCAGCAUUAAAAUCUUUUGGGAGCAGCACGAUCAGACUGAUGUGGAAUUAUCCCAGGAUGUAUGCGCCCGACUAGCCGAAGAUGCCUCCUACAAAGUCUGGGAGCUGAUCAAUAACGUCAAAAUCUACUCUCGUCAUUCGGGCGGAGUUGUGACCUACGAUUUGGUUAACGAAGUGCUUAAGGAUUCUGAUGUUCCGCCCAUGCUGGGCGCUAUGGACAGCGACUGGGAUCGUAUCGACUACGAUGGCAGUUUUUACUUUCAUUCGGACAAGAUCUUUGAACUGAGCGCCGAGUUUCAAAAAGAGAUUAGCCUUUGCACACCCUAUGAUGCAGACUUUCAAAGCAUCUGUCCCGUUGAGGAUAAGCAUACAGAUCAGCUGAGGCAGUGUGUUCAGAGCCUGGUUACGGCUGCCCUUUUUGCGGAUAGCAAAUCCCAGACGGCUGCCAUUUGCCACGCUUUCCAGACGCCCCUCAUGGGUACUAUAUAUCGGGUGAUAGUAAGCAAAAUGGUUCAACUGCUUGCCUUUAAACAGCAGGAUCAGUUAAGCCAGCGAUGCUGGCGAUUGCUCCGCGCCUGCAACUAUAACUCCACUGCCAAUCACAAUGCCUGUCGACCGGAGUAUUUCAACCUGGCAGAGGUGCUUGUUAGCCAGCUGAUGGCGCCUUACGAGACUAUCAAAGCUCCACCUGACGACCCAGGUCCAGGACAAGAAACCAGUAUCAAAAUGGAGUUCGAGGAGCAACUCAAAAUUGAGCCAGAGCAGUGCCCCAAUAUGGAAAAUCCGGAUAACACAGAAGUAGAGAAGCAGGAGCAGGAUCCGCAAAUGUUUCCGAGUGAAAGCACCCGGGAGCACACCAUCUAUACGUUGCAAGCUGAAGAGGAUGACCGAAAUCCUCGACCAGAGGUAGAACAUCUGUCCACCUACUUUGCCAGUCCAGUUGGCAAUGGCCUGGUGGAUGAGCUGUGUGAAACUAUUGGACAAUUAGCAUCCCAAAGUGGUUACAUGCAGUCGGAAUGCCUUUUCCUGAUCAAAAGACGCUUGGCGAGAUUCUUCGAAGGUCGCGACAUUUGCAGUGAAAGGGAUUUUAAGUACAUCAGUAGAGCAGUUCGUGGGCUAAUCGCAUUGGGGGAGUACGCCUUCCGAGAGUUUAUACCCUACAUCUAUAAACUUCGCGUUGAGGAAAUCCCAGAUAGCCUGUGGCAAGAUGUGGCGCCAGCUGCCAUAUUUCUAGGGGGACAUGAUGAUGUAUACCUGUACGAAUGGUUGGAGCACGGAUGCGGUGCCGCUCUGCAGCCUUUCCUAGUGCACUAUGCUCGCUCCUAUGAAAAGAUGGUAACCAGGAUGUAUGUUCGCAGUAAACCCCCCGCUUACAGGAUUGAAUCAGUGCCAGGGGUGCGUCGAUUAGAAUGGAGCACUCUUGCUGCCGCGAUGUGCCAUGGUGACGAUCCAAGCAAGGCUUUAAAACCGAAGCCCACUCUCCGCGAGGCAUUCCCUGAACUCCAGGAGCCCAAUCUACAGCUAAACUGCGCAGGCAAUAUUCGCUUCAAGUUCGCCGGCUGCCGGCCAAUUCUACUCAAGCCAAAGGUUUCGAGUGCCGUUUCCGUGGAUUCACCGUCGUCGGUAGCAAAUGGAGGUGCAGGUGGCAGUACUAGUUCUGACAUUCUCAUCGCAAAGCGAAAGCUCUUUAAGCCGCUGACUAAUGUGAAGAGGAAGUCACCAGUCAGUGGUUAUCACUACCUUAGAAUCUGAACUUAGAGAUGUAUUAUAAGACCUUCUGGACGGUCCAGGAGGAGACCUGGGGAUCUCAAUAAAACUAUUUAAGACUUUA